AUGAUAAACGUUGAGGCUCCAGUCACCGAUUUCGAAUUUCUCGCGCAACAAAGUUUACGUCAGGACGCACAGAUCAACGGUGGCGAGAGUACCAGUCACCUCGUCUCUCUUGUUCAAGAUGCUGCAAAUAUUUAUCAGCACACAGAAGACGAUCUGCGGGUGGUUGCACUGUUUGGUGGUCGUUAUGUCGGUGGAGUAAUCCUUGUAAGAGGUUCUCCGCUUUAA